GUUAUUUGUAAGUACUGAUUACAUCUUUUUCCUGUCUUGUGGUAAAUUAAUGGUGGAUCCCUAAAAGCCUGUUUGCCAGCAAGUGAGAAGCUCAAUAUCCAAGGAGAAGAAUUAUCACUGAAGUGCAUCAUAAAUCGACUCAGAGGAAACGAUCAGUUUGUCGUGUGCCAUUUUCAAGUAUUAUAAGUUGAAGAGUAGAGAGUAUAAUCAGCAAUCACCCAAACAAGACCUGGCCCUUUUGGGAAACAAAAUGGAGGAUUGAACCAUUGAACAUUAUAUUCAAAUCAAUUCUUGUCCUAUUUAUGCUAUUCAAUAAUACCCAAGAUGUCCAGUGCGAAAGGCAAAGACUCUGACAAGUCACUCAAUGUGGCAACCAUGAAACCCUUCUCCAUCAAGCUUGGCAGAAAGAGGACCUCUAGUAUUACUCCAAGCAGUUCUCGUGCAGCUUCUGUAGAGACCUCCAGCCACUCCACACCGGAGGAGCAACAACCUGGAGCUAAGAGAUUGCAAGAGUAUGACUUACGAGGGAGAGAUAGCAGUACCCCUGAGAGUGGGCUUCAGAUAGACACUGGGGGGGCUGGAGCGGAUGAGUCGGACGCAGACUCCCUCUCGGACCUACCCCCUGAGGCACUCAAGGCCACCACCAAAGUUCAAUUCACAGGUCACAUGAAACACUUUCUCUGGGUGCAGUAUCCAUCGGCAACCACUCUCGAGCUGAACGCAAUCAUCUUACAGAAGUGGAAAGAGUUGCAGGCCUCAAGGAAGCAAGGCAGUACUGGAAGGCGUCGUCGUUCAGAGGUGGACACGCUGGGUGGGGAGGACGGUCAUGACGCGGGCGAUGAAGACGAGGGUGGCCGGAGGUCAUCACGACGACGAGCCGCUAAAAACAUUUCUCAUAGUGCGUACACUCUGGACGCAGAGGAGUUGGAUUAUGCAGACUCUCCAGCUAGCUCCUCCAACUCUCGAGAAACUGGGAAGCCGACACGGUCAAGAGGAAAAAAGAAAGCAGCGCCAUCUGCGAAGGGUAAAGGCAAGAAGGGCAAGAGUGGGCCCAAAGUGCCCCCUAUGAAAAUCAAAAUGAUAGGUCGAUCUGGUGAGUCGGACUCCCCAAUCUUCCUUGCGGAGAGUCUGGAGUCGUGGGACGAGGGCUCUGGGAGUGAUCGGGGGGAGCCCCUCAGAGACGAGAGGCUGUCUAGAUUGAAAGAGGGUGAAGCCGACUCCGAGACCAGCUCCAUCAACUUUGCCGAGAUUGGUGAGAGCCAGCUGGAGGAUGAUGAGAUGGACGACGAGGAGAUGAUGGAGAUAGACUCCACCCACUCUGACUCGGAGGGUGAGCAUGUCGACUACUGUUACCUGUGUAAGGACGGUGGUGAGUUGCUCUGCUGUGACCAGUGUCCGCUGACCUACCACAUGAAGUGCCUCAUACCCCCCAUGGAGAUCAUACCCGAUGGGGAGUGGGUGUGUCCUCGCUGUGAGGCCGAGCCCCUGGAUGGUAGAAUUGAGAAGAUCUAUGCUUGGCGUUGGGUCACUCUCCCUAGACCCUCAGCCACUUGUGGUGAUGGUGGUGAAGAUGCUGACGACAGUGUGAUGACUGUGGGGGAGGGGGGAAGUCCCACUAAGACCCCCAGCAAAUGUAGCACCUGCAGGUUUCGAGAGUUCUUUGUCAAAUGGGUCGGAAAAUCACAUUGGAAAAACUCGUGGAUCGAUGAAAUCAGGUUUGAUGUUCACCAGCCGCUCACACUGCGUCCGUACAUACGUCAUCGUGACAUGGAGACUCCUCCCACUCUGGACCUCCCUCCCCACGUCCAGCGAAGACACAAGAGACGCAGUACAGCCUCCCAUCAAGACUCACAGAUGGAGGAGCUGGAGAUGAUGCUACUCAGUGCUGGAGUGAGACCACAGUGGCUGCAGAUACAGAGGGUCAUCAAUAAGAGAGUUAGCGGGCGUAAGGGCACUCAAUAUCUGGUCAAGUGGAAAGAGUUGCCGUACACAAGUGCAACGUGGGAGACGCUGGAUGCAGACUGUGGCCUGAGGGGGGCGGAGGAAGCCGUGCAAGACUUCAACAAACUCAGGAAGGCCAUGGACCCAAAGAAAUCAGAAAAGAAGGAUAAGAGGAGAGGCCGCAAAGAGAAGACUGUACCAGGGAAAGGGCCUAUCAAGAAGUACGAUGAGCAGCCUGCAUUCAUCAGCUCGACUGGUGGCAAGCUGCACCCUUACCAACUGGAGGGACUCAACUGGCUGCGUUUCUCCUGGUUCCAGGGCACCAACACUAUCUUGGCAGACGAAAUGGGCCUCGGGAAAACCAUACAAACUAUAUCAUUCCUAAACUCUCUAUUCAAGGAGGGCUACUCCAUCGGGCCGUUCCUGAUUGCUGUACCCCUCUCCACCAUCGUUAACUGGGAGAGGGAACUCGAGUUGUGGGCCCCUGACCUCUACGUUGUCACUUACUCUGGAGGCAAGGAAAACAGAGGUGUUAUCAGGGAAAAUGAGUUCUCUUUCAUGGAGGGAGCAGUUAAGAAAAGCAGCAAGAUGCUAUUCAAAAUGAAGAAGGAGGCCCCGUGCAAGUUCCAUGUCAUGUUGACAUCCUAUGAGUACAUCAGUGUGGACUCCAUUGUACUGGGCUCCAUCAACUGGCAGGUGUUGGUCGUGGACGAGGCUCAUAGACUCAAAAACAACCAGUCAAAGUUUUUCCGAGUACUGAGUGCCUAUGCCAUCAAGUACAAGCUCCUGCUCACGGGGACUCCAUUACAGAACAACUUGGAGGAGCUCUUCCACUUGCUCAACUUUCUCAACCCCCAGGAGUUCAAUUCUCUGGACGACUUUCAGGACGAGUUUGAAGACAUCUCUAAAGAGGAGCAGGUGAUGAAGCUCCACGAUCUCCUGUCCCCUCAUCUGCUCAGGAGACUCAAGGCUGACGUUCUCAAGAACAUUCCCCCAAAGAGGGAACUGAUUGUUAGAGUGGAAUUGAGCCCAAUGCAAAAGAAGUACUAUCGUUGGAUUCUGACUCGUAACUUUGAGAAACUGAACACACGCGGGGCUCAGCCUGUAUCACUGCUCAACAUCAUGAUGGACCUCAAGAAGUGCUGCAACCAUCCUUACCUCUUCCCCACAGCAUCACACGAGGCUGCUCUGACUGCCACUGGUUGGUACGAGGGAACUCAGCUCACCAAAGCUGCCGGAAAGUUCAUCGUUUUGGAGAAAAUGCUCAGGAAAUUGCGGACACAGGGUCACAGAGUUCUCAUAUUCUCACAGAUGACUCGUAUGCUGGACAUCCUGGAGGACUUCCUGGAAUACCUGGGCAUGGGUUUUGAGAGGAUCGACGGGAACAUCACGGGCACAGAGCGCCAACUCUCCAUCGAUCGAUUCAACACACCUGGCUCUAAACAGUUUGUGUUCCUACUCUCCACGCGUGCUGGGGGCCUGGGCAUCAAUCUGGCCACUGCUGACACUGUUGUCAUAUACGACUCGGACUGGAACCCUCACAAUGACAUACAGGCUCUCAGUCGUGCCCAUCGUAUAGGGCAGUCCAACAAAGUGAUGAUCUAUCGGUUUGUGACCAGAAGCUCGGUAGAGGAGCGCAUCACAGAGGUGGCUAAACGCAAGAUGAUGCUGACCCACUUGGUAGUGAGACCGGGGAUGGGACAAGGGGCCAACGCUCCCGCCCUCUCAAAGAGAGAGCUUGACGAUAUCCUGAGGUUUGGUACCGAGGAACUCUUCAAGCACGAAAAUGUGGAUGAUGACAUCUCUAUCCAUUAUGACGACAAAGCCAUCGAGGCUCUGUUGGAUCGCAAUAUGGACGUGGUGGGAGAAAGUGACGGGGCCAUUGGGAGUGAGAACCUCCUCGCUAAUGACUACCUCAGCUCCUUCAAGGUGGCCAGCUACGUCAUGAAGGAGACCGACCAGGAGGAACCUGAGACUGAGAUAUUAACGGCUGAGGGAGAGACGAGUCAGAAACCAGACCCAGACUUUUGGGAGAAGCUAUUGCGCCAUCACUACGAGCAACAGGCAGAGGUUGAAGCCGCAAAGCUGGGAAAGGGAAAGAGGGUUCGAAAACAAGUGAACUACCUUGAUGCUAGUGGUGGUGUCGGGCAUGACAGUGACCAGUCCUCGUACCAGCAGUCGGAUGAGGAGGUAUCAGAGGACGACUCUGACGAUGAUGUAGUAGAAUUCACUGCUGGAGGUGCUAUGAAGAAGAAGGUGAAGCCUCCCAAGGACACAACUCUCCCUCCUCUUGUCACCAAAAUCAACGAUACAAUCUAUGUACUUGGUUUCAACCCUCGCCAACGCAAGUCGUUUGUGAAUGCUGUGAUGAGGUACGGCAUGCCUCCCUCUGACGCCUACCACACCAAGUGGAGGUCCAAGGAUCUCGCCAACAUACCAAACAACGCCUUCGAGGCGUACACGAACCUGUUCAUGCGUCACCUGUGUGAGCCUGAGGACAGUAAGAACGACACGUACUCUGAUGGAGUUCCUAAAGACAACCUCUCCAGACAAAACACACUCACCAGAAUAGGCAUUCUGAGACUCGUAAAGAGCAAGAUUGAGCAAUACGAUGAUAUCAACGGGACCCACAGUAUGCCAGAGCUCAUCCCAGUCGUGUCUGCUCAACCCACCAAUCCCCCCUCUGAUCCCCCUGCCCCUACCCCUGUCCCUACCGUGGUACAGCCGUCAGAAGGUGGUACCGAGGAGAAAAUGGAUACAUCUGAGUCCACAACCAAGACUCCCAUUGCAGAGUCUGAUCCCUGUGUUCCAAAAAUGGAUACAUCUGAGUCCACAACCAAAACUCCCAUUGCAGAGUCUGAUCCCUGUGUUCCAGUUCCAGAGUCAGAUUCCUCAAACAAGGCAAUCAAGUUACUACUGACUAGUAAAACUGACAGCAGCCCAAAAACAUCGAAAGAAUCGUCUCCUUCUAAAGGUGAUGAUGAUAGCACUAAAGAAAAUGGCACUGAGUCACCAGAAGAUCCUCCUAAACCAGCGGUAAUUGUUGGUCCUCCAGAGAAGAGCGGCCACCUCCCAAUCUCACACACACAGAAGUUUAUGUUCAAUAUUGCUGACGGAGGGUUCACUGAUAUCCACAACAUUUGGGGAGAGGAGAAAACAAAGGGAUUUUCCCCUAGUGUAUGGGGGCGGAGACACGACUAUUGGUUGUUGAAAGGUGUCACAACUCUUGGCUAUUGUAGAUGGACUGAGAUUUGCAACGAUGUGCGAUUUAUGCUGCUCAACAAACCAUUUCCAGACGCUCCUCUCGAUAAAAGCAUGCCAGACUUCAAAGCCAAGUUCCUACUCAAGAAAUUCAAAUUGCUGGAGCAAGCUCUAGCGAUAGAAGAGCAGUUGCAUCGAGCCUCCAACUGUGGACUGGUCCAGGACCCCAACAAUCAUGUGAUGAUGCUCCACUCUCGCUUCACGGACCUCGACUGUCUGGCUGACGGACAUGCCCCACUGAUUGCAGAUGCUGUGAACAAGAAUAAACACACCAUUCUCCUUAUGAAGAAAGCUCUCAGCAAGAUGGAGGAACUACUUACUGAGAUGAAGGCGGAUGUGACUCGACUACCCAGCGAGCUGGGCAAGCUUCAGAGCGUCAGCCGACAACUUAAAAUGGACGAGAUCUCGACAAUCAGCAAACUAGCCAAAGGUGGUUCCAUCACAACCGCAGGGCCUGCCACCACACAAUCUGUUAUCACUAAAGCCCCUGCAGUAGACCCUACUAACGUAAUAGUCAAGAAGGAACGUUCGGACGUUAUUGUCACUCAAAAGAAAGGCACCUCACAAAGUAAAAUCGUACAAGGUGGAGCUAGCGGACAAGUUAUAACGACAGGACAAUUGACAACCAGUGGACAAACUAUACAAUUGCCUGCAGGAUCUCAACUGGUACAGACCGCUGAAGGUCUUGUUGUAUAUGGUGCAGCAUCAUCCGGCUCGAAGACAGCUCAGCAUUCUACAGUCAUUCAAACAGUCCCUUCGAGCAACACAAGCACACAACAAGCCUACACUUUAGGAGUGCCCACAGCUUACAUGGACAGCAAUAGUGGAGGUAUUUACCAAACCUUGCAACUGGUACCUGUAUCAGGAUCGUCCCAGCAACUUGUCUACUGGCCACAACAAGGUGCUCAAGUUUCUGGUGUGCCCGUGGGAUCACAGAUGGCCGUCGUACAAGAGCCACAGGUGAUUCAAGCAGUACAAAAUUCUGGGGCAGGAAAGCUGACGGCAUCUGGCAAACCAGGAGGUUCAAUUAUCACUAUUGACUGACAUUAAUUACUGGUACUUCUCUAAUUAUACUGUUGUCAGUGGUAAUCAUUCUCACAUUAUCAUUGUCACUAUAUUCGAUCACACUCAAUUAUCUUGAUCUUCCAUAAAUUAUACUGUUCAUGUAAAA